GUAGCUUGUUGUGACGAAUAUUGAUACAGAUAGACUCGUAUCUUUACGGGAUGAUGAUAAGAUAUUGGAUUAAUGCUAUAAAAGUGGUUCUAAAGUUCAAUAGCGAGCAGUCAAAUUGUGCUAUACUGAAUCAAGAAGUGGACACGGAGUUGCGUGCAUAAAAAAUGAAGAGUGUCAUAUUGUUAUUAGCAAGUGCUAUUGCUAUCGUCAGUGCAUCCAAUCCAAUAUGGGUUCCGGAGAGAUGUCCAACAAAUGAAAAUCCGAAUUUCCCCACCCACCUUGCACAUGAAACCGAUUGUUGUUUAUUCUAUAAAUGCAACGUGGGCUGGGCUUUUCUGAUGUCAUGCCCGGUCAAUCAGCAUUUCUCCGCGUCGCUUCAGCGUUGUGAUUUUCCCGGAUUUGCUCAAUGUACUUUGCCUGUGUCGUCCUGUACAGCGAGUGCUGCAACUUCAACCACAUCUACAACCACAACUACAACCACAACUACAACUCCAGCUACAACCACACCGGUUGCAACUACACUGGCACCAACUUCGGAGCUAACAACUACUCCGACAACGGUCGUAACUGCAGCACCGACUCCAUCAACUACCGUGAUAAUUCCAGAGGCACCAACUCCUUCACCCAGCAUUCCUACAGCACCAACUCCAGGUUCGACAUCGACAACAGCAGCAACCACCGUAACAGUGCCCAGCAUUCCAACAGCGGAAACAGUGGGGCCGCCAACGGCUGCAACCGUAGCAUAUUGAUCUGUAGCGAUGGACACAGAAUUAUUCCAACCUGGUAUACUGAAUCAAUAGAGGUAGCAACUAUCACUAUUAUUGGGACGAUAUAUUGAUUUGCACUCGGUACAUGCAAACAAAAAUUCUAAAUUGAUUCUUUCAGUUAGGUCACUUGAGUCAGUUCAUAGCAAUGGCGCAUAUUGAUAGCUCAAAUAAACCCACAAUACCAUAAAUAGUACAAUGGGCAUCCUGCAAUCAAUUGGUAUUGCCAAUUACACCGAUAAGAUAGUAGAUAUAAGUUAUCAACUUAAUUUAUUGCCUCUCAAUUUCAGCGUUAAAUUUACUAAGUCAAUGUAUACAUACGUAGGAUCAAUAAAGCAUUGAAAGAAUA